AUGAGCUCCUCCAAUUGUGGCUGCCAUAUCUUCGACCUCAACACCUUUCAAUCCAUGGACUUUGGAGCCUCUUCGUAUUCUAGGGUUGUGAACAGCAACCAGCUCUCGUGCUUCAGCUAUGUACCAUCCAAAUCCCAAAGGCCACUGGAGCCCUCAAGCCUUUACUGCCUUCAUCAUCCUAGAAAUGCUUCCUUGGCACUCUCUCGCAGAGAUUGUGCUCUACGAGCCACCGUUAAAGACAUCAAUGUCACCACGGAGAAGGUGAAUGGUGAUUGUUCUGUUGAAAUCGAGCAUUCGAUUUUGACGGCGUUGUCGCCGUUGGACGGUCGUUAUUGGGGUAAAGUCAAGGAAUUAGCUCCUUAUAUGAGUGAAUAUGGGCUAAUUUACUACCGCGUUCUAGUUGAGAUCAAAUGGUUGUUGAAACUAUCACAAAUUCUUGAAGUCACAGAGGUGCCCGGUUUCAGUGACGAUGCUCAGUCUUACUUGCAAGAAAUUAUAAAUGGAUUUUGCAUCAGUGAUGCAUUAGAAAUCAAGAGGAUUGAGAAAAUGACUAACCAUGAUGUAAAAGCAGUGGAGUACUUCUUGAAACAGAAAUGCAGCUCACAUCCAGAAAUAGCAAAGGUGCUUGAAUUUUUUCAUUUUGCUUGCACAUCUGAGGACAUCAACAAUCUUGCUCAUGCAUUGAUGUUAAAAGAAGCUAUCAACAAUGUUAUAUUUCCUGUCAUGGACGAUUUGAUUGAGGCAAUAUGUGACAUGUCAAAGGAUAAUGCUUCCAUUCCCAUGCUUUCUCGCACACAUGGUCAGACAGCUUCGCCCACAACUUUGGGGAAGGAAAUGGCAAUUUUUGCUGUGCGGCUAGGCAUACAAAGGCACAGAAUUUCUGAGGUAAAGAUAAUGGGGAAGUUUGCAGGUGCUGUAGGAAAUUACAAUGCUCAUCUAGCUGCAUAUCCUAGUACUAAUUGGCCCCAAAUUGCUGAAGAGUUUGUAACAUCUCUUGGAGUGAGUUUUAAUCAUUAUGUUACUCAGAUCGAGACUCAUGAUUAUAUGUCUAAAGUUUUUAACGCAUUCAACCGAUUCAAUAAUAUAUUAAUUGACUUUGAUAGUGAUAUAUGGCGCUACAUAUCUCUGGGUUACUUCAAGCAGACAACUAGGGCUGGUGAAAUUGGCUCAUCAACAAUGCCUCACAAAGUAAACCCCAUUGAUUUUGAAAAUAGUGAAGGUAAUCUUGGUGUGGCUAGUGGAAGUCUUUCCUACUUGAGUGAGAAGUUGCCUAAAUCGCGUUUGCAGCGUGACCUGACUGAUUCUACUGUUCUGAGGAACAUGGGUGUUGGACUAGGACACUCUCUUCUUGCUUACAGAAGCACACUGCAGGGAAUAUCAAAGCUUCAGGUUAAUGAAGCUCGCAUAAGUGAGGAGUUGAACCAAUCUUGGGAGGUGCUUGCUGAAGCAAUACAAACUGUUAUGCGAAGAUAUAGUGUUCCUGAGCCUUAUGAGAAGCUGAAGGAACUAACAAGAGGAAGAACAGUUACCAAAGACAGAAUAAGAGAGUUCAUUAAAGGCUUGGAAUUACCUGAGGAACCAAAGAUCAUUUUAUCAAAUCUGACACCGCAUAGCUAUGUUGGAGCAGCAGUUAAACUGGCAGGAUGGUAG